AUGGCUGAGAGUAAGGAUCGGAUCGGAUCUCUCGAGGAGAGGAACCGUGAAUUGGCGAAGAUGUUACAGCGAGUGGCGUUGAAUGUGACACUACCGGAAGACUUCCAAGCCCAGGUGGAAACCCUGUUAUCAGAAUCACCAGAUGUGGUACUUGAUGCUUGUUCUGCCACGGAUCCUACGCCUCGGACACCGGCUGAUUUGCGGGUCGACACAUCUCAGUCACCUUCUCUGGACAUAACUCGUGCGUCGCGGACAAUGGCAGGCCCUUCACGUCUCUCUAUACAAUCUCAACAUCGAUUGAUGGGCGACGAGCUACUGGAGAAGAAGAAGAUUUCCCCAUCAAAAUGGACAGAAGUCACGACAAAUGAUGGCCUCGUGAGACAUUUGCUCACACUCUACUUCUGCUGGGAGUAUCCCACUUUCGCAAGUCUGUCCAAGGAGCAUUUCUUGCUCGACUAUAAUUCUGGAAGACCGCGAUUCUGUUCCUCCCUGCUGGUCAACAUCUUGUGUUCCAUGGGGGCCACACUUUGCGACAUGAAAGAAGUGCGAUCAGAUCCAGAUGACCCAAAUACCGCUGGGGACCACUUCUUUGCAGAAGCGCAACGACUCCUUAGCAAAGAAGAUAUCCCCUGUGUUACCACAAUCCAAGCAUUGAACCUAAUGGCCUUGAGGCAGGCCAGGUCUGGGAACGAUGUCAGUAGCUGGCAUUAUGCGCGAAAUGCGAUGCGUAUUGCGAUAGACCUUGAUUUACCUAGCGACGACCCGGAGCAGGAGCCCGAGGAGCCAUAUGUUUUUACUAGGGCCGAACGUCAAGUCCGUGUUGCUACAUUCUGGGGUUGCUUUGCUCUUGAACAUGCGUGGUCAUUAUUGGCCGGCCGAGUUCCUCAGAUAAGGCUCAGCGAGAUCAAAAUCCAUAAGCCAGUGAUUGUGGAUGAAAUCGAGAAGGAAGAGUGGAAAACAUAUACAGAUUCUGGUCCCGAAGAAGAGAAUAGUGGUUAUCGCCAGGAAAGUAACAUAAGCAUGUAUUUUCACUGUGCCGUUCUUGUCCACUUCCGACCGUUCAUCAAUCUGGCAGUCAUCGGCAGUUCAAUUUCUCCACGAUCUAUCUGCCUCGAAGCAUCAAGAAAUAUUUCAUCUCUGGUGAAGUCAUACAAGCAUCUCUACGGCCUGCGAAGAGUACCGAUCUUCCUGCCAUACAUCUUGAUGACGGCCGAACUGGCAAUGAUAGCACUUAGCAGAAGCGAACCGGAGGAGUCCACUCCUGACCUAUAUCCCAGCGACAACAUGCAUUACCUUGCAGAAUUAUCGACAUGGUAUCCUUCCGCCAAACAAGCUCUUGCAAUCUGCAAGUUCUUCAGAGAGCAGAGAGGCGCUACGGUUCGUGGUGAGGAUCCAGUACCAGGGGGCUCAAGCAUCGACAUGGAUGCAAAAUCAGAUAAUGAUGAUGAGCGCGACAGGGGUCUGAUGGUCCCGGGCAACAAUGUACAGACAUUUUUCCGGCCGUCUAAUCCGGACCGAAGCUUCCAGAGGCCGGCGUUGAGGCCUUCAGGGCCAUGGGACGUAGCACUUCUCAGCCUCGGGUCGCCAAACUUCCCACUUCAAUCAAACCCACUGGGAAAAAUUGUGUCUGGGCCCGCCCAACUCAGAGGAGGCGCAGAUGCCAUGGAGAAUUUGCGGGAUGCAUUGAAGACCCAUGGUCUGACGUUCAUAGCCUGA